GAUCGCGCCGUCAAAACUGUCCAAGGGCUCAAAUUUCUACCACUGCAGAGCUGCAAUAUCACACGACCCACAGUGAAUCUGCUAUACCGUUAUCAAUGGGGCACAUUGUCUUACAAAACCUGACUAAUGCCUGUGAUUAGUCCAUUUUAGUUGUCAUGAAGAAACCGGUACAGACAGAUUGUUACGCGUAGGCUGCAGCCGAGCUUCUGUCAAUAUUUUUAUUACUUCAUAAAAAUUGAAAAAAUUUUGAAAACCGAUGAACUUUCCUUAAUUACUUCGCAAAAAUGGCCGGACUUUGGAUAUAUCUUUUAGGACUACUUCUGUGUUUUGAUUACACAGUAGCGAAUCAUUUAUCUCGGAACAGAACACUAACAAGAGACCAGUUAAUGCGAAGACGAACGACACUCUCAGGUAUACCAAAUGGUAACAAUGCAGCACCCCAAAUGGGUAGGGGCCCUCUCAGUGGCGGCAGAGCGGGGACUCCGCCGGGUGGGGGCCUCACAGACCCCAGAACGGGGGCCACGGGCCUCUCACAGAGAGAUAUAGAUAGGGUCAUACUAACACCGGUCCAAGAUGGCGCCGUCAGAUCCCUGAGGAAUAUGUUAAGUACGAGAAGAGGACGUGGGAAUCCAAGGCUUAUUGGGUUUCUCAUCCCCCGAAGAGAUGGAAGGACCCAGCUUCGACUGAUGAGGGGAGCGGAACGGUUCUUACGAAACGGCAGAGGAGACAACAGUGGUAACCGAGUCAAUGUGAAUGAACUGCCCUUCAACAUCAGGACAAUUGUGGCUGCUGCCAGGAGAGCCAACCUUCUGCCAUCAAGGAAUGGAACAAGAGUCCGGAAUAGAACUCCUCCAAUAGUUGUUCUCCGGUCCCCAAACCAAGGAUUCCAGCAGUCGAGGCGGAUUGCCACCGUUGGAGGUUUCGCAGGACAAGGGGGAGGACCAAACGCCCAACCAAAUGCCGACUCGGCGGACUCUGGUGGUGGCGAAACCAUUAAACAAAGAACCGUCAACAUCGAGGUCAACGUACAAAGCCCAGAUGCGCCUGCAACGGGCGCCACUCCCCAAGGCCAAAACCCGAAUGCUGCAAAUCCAGGAAUGAUGAACCCAGCGUUAAUGAAUAAUCAACAAUCAAGAUUUAUGAACAACAUGGGACCAGGUGCAGGCUUUAAUCCUAUGUUUAACGAAAUACAACAACCAGGAAUGAAUUCAAGAAAUGGCUUCAACGGAUUCAACCGUCCCGGCCCUGUUAACAACAACAAUAAUAGAAAUAAUAACAGACCAGCUGACGAUUCAAGUUCAAGUUCAAAAUCAUCAAAUUCAGGUGGUGGAAACAUCAACAUCGGACUUGGGAUCGGUGUUGGAUCAUCAUCUCCAGUUGUACCCCCAAAACCAGCCUCUACAAGAACACCAGCGUCUCCGCAGUUUGGCGGUGGCCGUGGAACGAUGAACGGGGCUCAAAAUGUGCAGCCAACACCACCAGAUCCAUUUCAACAACAAAGAGGGAUAAAUGCAUUCGACCAAUCAGGUUUCCCAGGAAUGCCCCAAACUGGGUUUCCGCCAAACGACCAAUCAGGCUUUCCAUCCAACACUCAAAUUAGUUUUCCCUCCAAUCCACAAACUGGAUUCCCUCCUAGCAACCAAUUUCAGCCGAAUGCAAAUAACCCCCAAGCCCCUACCCUUCAACGGUUUGACCAACAGCCCCCUGCUAUAUCAGGAUCAAUGCCCGCAAGCAAUUCUAUGCCCUGGAAUACAUUUCAAUCAAAUGCUGGAAACUUUGGACAAGACACAGUGCUUACAUCCCAGACCUCGCCUGGAGGAAUAGGUUCGGCAGCCGGUGCUGGUGGUUUCGAUCCAACACUGCAAAAUACAAAUCUUCCAAAUAGUGGAAAUGCAUUUCAGCAAGGCUCUUUCGCAAGUGAACCUACGAUUGGUGAACCAAUGAUAAUCGAUAAUGGUGGAAGAACAACCGUCGUGGUGGACAACAUUACUUUUACAGGGCUCCUACCACCCGGGCCACCCGUACUAAAAACACAAGUUAUCAACGGAAAGGGAUCUGUGCACAUAAACCCCUUAGUGUCGUCGGAGAGGGCUGCCAAUUCAUUUGGCAGAAACUUUCCUCCACAGUUACAUUUCACAAAUCCAAAUGACAUAAAUUCCAUCAAUCAGAACAUUCUUAUGAAUGCAAACAGCAACCAGCUAUUUCAAAAUCAGAAUAUUCUUGGACUCCCAGGAACACAAGCAAUGACACCAAACGUUAACGUACCCGUCAGGCAGCCAGGUGGAGUUCCGGUCUUCCCAAUGAUGUAGUUCCGGUCCAGAAAAGUCACAGCACCACCUGAAUCUGCUCCUGCAAAGAGUACAACCCAAGACAUCAGAAGAUUAUGACGCAUGGCAAACUGCUCUGUAAACGUCUCUAAAUAUUUGCCAUUAGACGAGCCAUCCUCCAUUUCCGAUAGUGCGUGUGGUCGGUCUGUAAUUCUCAAAGUGAAGCGACACUUUAAAAGUGGGACGUUAAAUUGAUACUACAAUAAAACAACCGCUCUUUCAUCAUCAUCGUUGUCAUCUAAAUCAUAACAUCACAGCAGUUUAGGAAUUUCGUUAUCAGUCGGCUUGCGAUGUAUAUGUACGUACAAUGUACACGAAUGAAGUUGGUUUCACUGAUCAGGAAAACACGAUCAAUCAGGACUACAAUUUUUAUAGUAGCAUGUUUACAUCGUAACUUAGCCCUAUGACCAUAGGGCCUUGUUCGUAUCGAACUUUUAAGUAGAAAAGGUCUAUGUUGGUAAAAUAAUACUGUCAAUGAUCAAAAGUAAUAUCAGAAAACUAUUUAUUUAUAACUAUUUAUUAUUUAUCUUCGUCUCCUGUCCCUUUGACGCGUCCAAUGUGAUUAUACAUUUUAAUUUAAGCAAUCUUAAUGUGUUAUACUGAUAGACUCUUGUCGUCUUUCCCUCUUUCUAGAAUUGUAUAUAAAACUGGGGAAAGUUCUCUUCUUAAUAUUCGUAAUAUUUAUUUUUUUGACACAUUUGAAUUUCCUGUAUGUGAUUAUAUAAAUAUCUUGAUAUAAAACAUUUAAAAUA